AUUUUGGCUGAAGCGGAAGCAGCUACCAGGUCUGUGUGCAGGAUGAAGAUGACGAUGAGGUGCGAGAAAAACGUUUAAACUACAUAAUGCUGUGAUAGACAGAGGGCUUUUGCCGAACAGCAGCAUGAAGACGGUAUUUGUAACGGUCGGUACCACGAGCUUUGAUGAAUUAAUUAAAAGCGUCACGUCUUCUGAAGCCGCACAGGAAUUAAAGGCUCGUGGAUAUGAGCGUUUGGUUCUUCAGGUUGGAAGGGGAUCUUUUCUGCCAGAUGAUGACAGCUGCCCACAACUCAGACUGGAGGUUUUUCGAUUUAAAGACUCGAUUGCUGAAGACAUGAAGAAGGCUGACCUCGUCAUCAGCCAUGCAGGAGCAGGAAGUUGUCUGGAGGCUCUUGCUGCCGGCAAACCCCUGCUGGUCGUAGUCAAUGACAAGCUGAUGGACAACCACCAGCUGGAGCUGGCCAGACAGCUGCACGUGGACAACCACCUGUUGUACUGCACAUGCAGCACCCUGACAGAAAAGCUGAGAAACAUGGACCUCUCUGUUCUGCAGCCUUUCCCAUCUGGACAGCCAAAGAACUUUGCAAACUUUUUAGACAAAGCUCUCGGAGUUAAAUAAAACUGUUAUUAAACAACACAGUUAAAUAUCUGUUGAACUCAAGUGUGAUGAAUAUUAGAUAAUUAGGUUGUUGAAUAAUGUCAUUGUAUAUCACAACUGACAUUGUUUUAUAUUUUUAUAUGCAUUAAUAAAAAUAAUAUGUGCUCAAUU